AUGAGUCCUGGGCUCCUCGCAGCCUCCUCCUGCUUCAGGGCCUCACCCUCCACAGUCUCCUCCUCUCCAGUGCCCAGAGCAGCGGACCCACUGAGGGCCCUCCCCGCUGGCCAAGGGGGUGAAUGGAGCAGCAGGGACUCCCGGGUGAAGGGUCGCUCUGGGGGGGAGUCCCGACACCUCCACACCUUGCUCCUGUUCAGCAACAUCCCCCAGAUUGCGCGUCUGCACCGAGGGCUGUGGUGCAGCGUGAUGGCACGGAUGGUGGAGAAGGCGAGGCACACACAGGCGCUGCUACAGCCGGACCUCCUCAAAGGCUUCAAGAUGUUCGGCUCCCUCUUCACGCCCUACAUCCGGUACUGCAUGGAGGAGGAGGGCUGCAUGGAGUACAUGUGCAGCCUGCUGCAUGACAACGACCUCUUCCGGGCCUACGUGACAUGGGCUGAGAAGCACCAGCAGUGCAAGCAGCUGAAGCUGAGCGACAGGCUCGCCAAGCCCCAUCAGCGGCUCACCAAGUACCCGCUGCUGCUCAAGUCGGUGCUGAGGAAGAUGGACGAGCUGCGUGCUAAGGAGGCCGGCAUCACCAUGAUCAGCUCCGUGGAGCGCUUCAUCCACCACGUGAACGCGUGCAUGCGGCAGCAACAGGAGCGGCAGCAGCUGGCGGCCGUGGUUAGCUGCAUGGACACCUACGAGGUGGUGGAGGGUAGCAACAACGAGGUGGACAAGCUUCUGAAGGAAUUUCUGCAUCUGGACCUGACCGCGCCCAUCCCUGGUGCCUCCCCAGAGGAGACGUGUCAGCUGCUGUUGGAGGGCAGCCUGAGGAUGAAGGAGGGAAAGGACAGCAAGGUGGAUGUGUACUGCUUCCUCUUCACGGACCUGCUUUUAGUGACCAAGGCAGUGAAGAAGGCUGAGAGGACCAAGGUCAUCAGGCCACCACAGUUGGUGGACAAGAUCGUGUCGGAGCUGCGGGACCCUGACUCCUUCCUCCUCAUCUACCUGAAUGAGUUCCACAGCGCCAUGGGGGCCUACACAUUCCAAGCCAGCGGGCAGGAUCUGUGCCGGGGCUGGGUGGACCCCAUUUACAAUGCCCAGAACCAGUUGCGGCAGCUGCGUGAGCAGGAGCACGCGGGCAGCCAGCAGUACCUGCACAGCCUGGAGGAGGAAGAGGAGGGUGGGGAUAGUAGCUCCCCCACCAUCCUGCGCAAAAGCAGCAAUAGCCUGGACUCCCAGCACUGUACCUGGGAUGGCUCCACAGAGACCCUGGCCAUGGUGGUGCUGGAGCCCGGGGAGACGCUCUCCUCUCCCAAGUUCGAGGGCGGCCCCUUGAGCUCCCAGUCAGACGAAAUGUCCCUCAGUACCACCGCCUCAUCUGUCACACCGACCAGCGAGCUGCUGGUCCUGGGCCCCGGGGACGGCUGCUCCUGCUCCAUGGACUCUGCCUAUGGCACCCUCUCCCCCACCUCCUUGCAAGACUUUGCAACCCCACCCCCUGUGGCGGAGCCAGCGCCCUGGCCCCUAGAUUUACCACAGGCGCCUCCACCACCCUCGCCCCACCUCCGGCGCUGCACCCCUGUCCAGCUGCUGCCCCACCUGCCCCACCUGCUCAAGUCCAAAUCUGAGGCCAGCCUCCUGCAGCUGCUGGCAGGGGCCUCCAUCCAGGGGGCGCCCCCAGCCCCCAGCCGCAGCCUGUCGGAACUCUGCUUGGCUGCCACAGCCACCCGCACUAGGACUCAGGGCUCCCCUCACGAAGCUGGGCCCUGCUGGAAUUGCAGGGGUGCACCAAGCCCUGGCAGUGGCUCCCAGCUAUCAGAGAUGGAGGGCAGGACCACCUGCCUGGUGGGGGAGCCCGAAGGGCCUGCCAGGAGGAGCAGAGAGCUGCCCUCAGGCUCCCCCCCCAUCUCUGCCCAGCACAGGAAGCUGAUGCUGGCCCAGCUCUACCGCAUCAGGACCACCCUGCUGCUUAACUCCCAGGCCCUGAGCACAGCCUGGAGCCAUGCAUGCCUGGAGGGCACACGUGUGCCUGCCCUGUGUAAGCGGUGCAAGACACAGGAGGAGGUGAUGGACCAGGGCUGCGACCAAGGAAGACUCGGAGGAAGCAAUGUGUGGACAGGGCCAGGCGGAGCAGGCAGGCCCGUGUGGAGCCUGCUGGAGCGCAGCCAGACCCCAAGGUGA